UCAAAACAGUGAAAACACACCCACUUGAAUAUUCUACAGCAAAGCAGUGCACUCCAGAAAUACAUCUUAGGUCGGCUCUUCAAACCAUUUUGGAUUUAUUUGAUCAGCAUUUAGGAAACUUUGAGGUUAGCUACUACUGUAGUUGUUAUUACAGCACAGGGUCAUGGAGACCUGGGUCCUGUUGGUCUUCAGAUUGUUGCUUUUUGUGCAGACUGCACACAGCAAGCAGUCCUGCCAUCCAGUGACCGUGGACUUUUGUCAAGAUGUUGGUUACAACACGACCAUCAAUCCAACCCGCCAAACCAGGGACUACGACCUGAGGCUGCUUCGUCAGAUCGUGAAGACUGGCUGCUCACCAGAGGUCACAGUUUUCCUAUGUGGCGUUGUCUCACCUGAGUGUGUGUUGGAUGACAAGAUUCCACCCUGCAGUUGGCUCUGUGAGAGGGUGAAGAAUGAAUGUGAGCCUGUUCUAAGAGAGAAGGGUCUAAACUGGCCAGAGAAGAUCAGAUGUGAGGCUUACCCCAAACAAUCCUGUGCCAACGGCCAAGAGAGUAUCCCUGCACCAAGCCCUGCAGGAACCUGUGAGCCAAUCAUCAUCCCUCUCUGCAAGGACCUGCCCUACAAGGACACUGUAAUGCCCAACCUAUUAAACCACUCCACACAGGAGGUCGCUGGUUUAGAAUUGUAUCAGUUUUACCCUCUGGUAAAGGUGCAGUGUUCUCCUCACCUUCAGGCUUUCCUGUGCUCCGUCUACACUCCAGAGUGUGUUUCAGGGAAAGCCCGCCCACCCUACAGAGCUCUGUGUGAGCUAGCCAGAAAGGACUGUGAGGUGCUAAUGAACAAGUUUGGUUUUCAGUGGCCCAGUCAGUUGGAGUGUGACACCUUCACAACGGAAUCUUGUGAACAUUGUGGGGUGACCAGUGCUCCGUCCCCUGAGGGCCCCUGCCAGCCAAUCACCAUGCCACUGUGCCAGGGCAUCUCCUACAACCUGACGGCCAUGCCAAAUCUGCUGGGGCACAAAAAACAGGCGGAGGCGGCCGUUAAGAUGGCUCAAAUGGAGUAUGUUUUGAAAUUGACUUGUUCUGUGGAUAUCCGCUUCUUUCUGUGUUCUGUCUACGCUCCCCAGUGUGUGGAAGGGGAGGUGCAGCGCCCUUGCAGAUCCCUUUGUGAGAGAGCCAAACUGGGGUGUGACAGUGUGUUGAAUAAGUUUGGGAUGUCCUGGCCUGAUGAUCUGAGCUGUGGAUCCUUUCCAGAGGAGUCAUGCGUGAGAGGGGACAGUAAUCCCGAGCAACUCACGGCUGAGGAACUCCUGGUCAAGCUGAAAGAACUUGGUCACUCUGUUCGGGACCAAUCACUAAGUCUUCAAACUGCCCACAUAUUGUUGGUUCUAGAAGAUAAAGACAAAUCAGGCAAACUGGAUGUGAAAGAAUUCCACAACCUAAAGCACUAUGUAUCUGUUACCAAGAGAGAGUACUCAGAGUCCUAUGAGUGGCAGAACCCAGGGUUCGUCACAGAAUACCAGAUGAAGAAUGCCCUUGAUGUCCGUGAUCUUAGUUUGGACGAUGAAACGUUCAAAACACUAUGGCACCGGUACAGCUCUGGUGGAGGGAUCAGAUACGAUGACUUUAUGGCCAUUCUCACAAGGCUCAAGAUCCUGAAGGCUCGCUUUAAAUCCCGACUCAUUUCACCCUGUGAUGCUGCAACAGACUGUGAGGUAGCCAGUUUCUCCUUCAGUCAGUUAAUCCAAGUUACCAUUAUGUAGGCCAGCGGCAGCUGUCCAGUCACCAACAGGAGUUAAAUUGACCUGGAAUGCAAAGCAAUCUACUGCCUUUUAGUACAUGUCUGUCAAAAAUGAUUGUCAUAGUGCUGUAUAAAUUGUGACUGAUGUCCACCUGAAUAUGAUGGCUGUUUCCUCCUGGUCUGUUUGAAUCUCUUUCUGUACAUUUUCUUGCUACAUUGUUUAUAACACAUUUACACACAUUUUUUGGGACUCAGUAUUCGAUCGUGCUUGUCAGUUAUACAACAAGACUAGAGACUUUCUUCUCCAUAUCGUCAUUUUUUCUUAAACCUUUAUCUCAUGUUUCUUUUUCUUUCUUUUGUCUGUAUACUGUCAUUCAGCUUUCAGCUGCAGAGUUGUACAAGACAGCCGAACUAAUAAAAUAUAUGCCCUGGCGGAUAUUCAU